GAGAUUCUGAGAGGUUUUAGUCUUCAGACCUAUAGAUUUUCUCUCUUAUUUUUCACUCCACUCCCCCCUCAGUAGGUGAAGUUUGGUCGUAUUAGCUUCAAGGACAGUCAGAUUCUGCUGGUUGUUGAAAGUUCCAGAUGUUUUGCUGUCUCACUUGAAGAGUCCAGUUGGAUGAAUAUCUUUAGCUGAAGGACAAGGAUAUUAGCAAGAGCGCUGAGGCAUCCCUAAAGGGUUGAUAGUGAAAGAGAGAGCAGAGAAGAGGCACAACAAGGCCAGUCCCUGUGGGAAGAAAAAGGCUGUGACACAAGAGACUGUGGCAGGUGCUAAAGCUGGUCAUGGAACCAGAAAUCAAAAUGGAGGAGCAGAGCUGGAGCCCUGAAUUUGGAGACCAAAGAUCAAUUCGUCCAAAAACUGGGAGGCUCAAGGAAGUUCUCCUUGGGGAAGCCCAACAAAAUGUGAAACAGGAGCCAAACGAUGAUCCGUCAAGGAACUGGGACGCCCAGUUGCAGGAGUUUUUGAAGAUGCUACAGGAUUCUCAUUCUGGAGAGGGAAACCCACAAGUGCCUGAGACAAGGGAUUGGGACAAUCCCAAAGUAUUGGAAGUUACUUCUGAGGGAGUGACAGGUGACCACAGCUGGCCCAGAGUAUUGUGGGCUUCCCAAAUCCAGCCACAUCUUGCUGGGGAAGCCCAAGAGGACCAUGAGACCAAUCUGAAUGCCAUUCCCAGUGGGAAGGAGAAGGCAAGAACUCCAUCUGGGGAUGGUGCCGAGAUGGAGAGGCAGCGCCGGUGUUUUCGUGAGCUCUGCUACCAAGAGGCCGAUGGGCCUUACAAGCUUUUCAGGCAGCUCCAGGCAUGUUGCCAUCAGUGGCUGAAGCCAGAGAGACACACCAAGGAGCAGAUCCUGGAGCUGGUGACCCUGGAGCAGUUCCUGGCUGCCCUGCCACAGGAGAUGCAGAGCUGGGUGAGGGAACGUAACCCAGGGAGCUGUGCCUGGGCAGUGACCCUGGCGGAGGAAUUCCUUCUGAGUCAGAAGGAGGUCAACAGCUGGGAAGGGCAGCAGAUCACAGGGAUGUCAGAAAAGGAGCUUGUAAAUCCCCACGAGGCAGAACAGGCUCUGCCGGGCAUGGUGAAGAUGCAGCUUUCCACAUGGCCCAAGCAGGGGGACGAGGAGAGUGUGAGCUUAUUGGCAGGGGACAGGCGACUGAGUGAAAGCAAGGGGCAGAAGCGCUUGCGAGAAAGUCCUGAACAAACAGAGCUGCAGAAGACAACCUUGAAAGCAGGCCAAGAGAAGGAUUACCUGUGCCAGGGAGAAGCUGAUAAGGACCGGCGUAGGGCAGAGACACAGAAGAGAAAUGACACAAAGAAGGCAGCAGAUCCAUUUAUUAUCCAACAAGGUGUUUGCAAAGAUGCCGCCCAGCAGCAUGAAGAGAAUGACAUGGAAUAUGACACGGGCGGGGAAAUCUGUGGUCAAAAGGCUCACGGGAGUACGGACGAGGGUAUUCCCACAGAGGAGACACCAUACAAAUGUUGGCAAUGCGGUCGGAGCUUCAGCAGCAGCUCAGACCUUUUGAUACACGAGAGAAGCCACGUAGGUGAGAAACUGUAUAAAUGCUCCCACUGUGGAAAAAGAGAGACAAUCCAGACCGGCCAGACUGCGCAUAAAUGUUCCCAGUGUGGGAAAAACUUUGACUGGAUCCCUCAAGUAAGACCCCGUGGGAGAGAAGAACGUUACUCCUGCACGGAGUGCGAGAAAAGCUACACCUCCAAGUCGUUCCUCCUCAAACACCAGCAACUCCACAGAGGCGAGAAACCUUAUAAAUGCUGCUUUUGCCCGGAAGCCUACACAAACUGGUGGGAGCUCAAAGCUCAUCGGCAAACUCACCGAGGCGACACACCACAUAAGCCAUAUAAAUGUUCGCAUUGCGGGAUGAUCUUCCUCUGGAACUCGCAGCUUCUGUCCCGCGAGGGUAGCCACACAGCCUUCUGCUGCUACUGCGGGAAAGGCUUCAUGCAAAACUCGGAGCUCGUUGAGCACGAGAAGACCCACGCGGCAGAGGAGCCGUUGGCGUGUUUUAUCUGCGGGGAAAACUUUGGAGUCAGCGCUGAGCUGCUUGCCCAUGUGCAGAAGCACAGAGAGAACCCACUUCAAUGCUCGGUUUGUGGAGAGGUCUUCAAGAACAGUUUGUAAGCCCAUGGACUAGAAGUUAUGGGUGACGGCCAAUCGUUGCCUCCCGUUUGCACAAUGUACUUCUCUUGGUGUUGUAUACCUUAGCCAUCAAAUGCCUCGUUUAAAAAUAUUAA